AAAAAUUGAUCAAUAUGCCCGUUGAAAUUUUUAAUCAACAACAACAACCGCACAAUUUGCUUAGUUCAAUAAGCGGAACUCAAACAACAACAGAUACCUCGUUUUCCUUGCCGUCAGCUGCUAGUUUGCCGCCGACAGAUCCACAUCAUCCACAUCACAGCAGCAACAUGAACAAAUUGUGCCGUCAAGUGUCAAUUGAGUCACCCGGACCGGGUGCCAAGAACUGCGUCUUUAACUUUUUUGUACCCAUCGAGGAUACACCGCCCUUGGGUGCACGUAUCAGGAUUGUGUGUGCCGGCGCUUGCUAUAGUCGUCGUGGACGUUCGAAUUCGAUAACAAGCAUGUCAUCGGUAUCUUCGGAAUUGAGCGAUUAUUGUCCAUCCGUGACAUCGAUAACAUCGAUAUCAUCGCCAGCCCAUCAGGGCAUACGUGAGGGCUCCUUUUUCCCAGGAUUCGAAGUGGCUGGAGUUAUUGAGUCCUUGGGAUCGGAAAUAACAGAGGCCAACAAUUGUGGCCUGAGCAUUGGACAAAGGGUUAUUGUAUAUCCCUUUGAUGAUACACCAGCUGGUUAUGCUGAACUUAUGGUGGUGCCCGAUUUAAAGCACAUUGUACCCAUACCCGACAGUCUGGCCAUGGAAGUGGCGGCCAUGCUGCCAACUGGAGCACUUUUGGCCAUGAAUGCCGUUUUCAAAGCUCAGGCAGUUGUCACACAGAUCCUGCAACAGCGGGCCAGCUCAGAGCCGAAGAGAAAAUGCAAAAUCCUAAUUGUCGGCACCGGAGGACUUGCCCUUUGGGCUGUGCGUAUUGCUUCCUAUCAUUUUGCUUCCAAUGGAGCUGAUAAUGUGGACAUCACAGUGGCCAGCUUGAGGGACGAGGGUUUCCGUCUGGCCACAGAGAUCAAGAACGUCAGUGUGGUUCAGUGGAAUGAAUGUCUAUACGAACCACAGCUCAUUGAGCGCACCAAGGAUGUGUGCGGUGGUGCCGUGGAUGUGGUCAUUGAUUUUGGCACCACCUCAAGAAGUCUACAUCGUUCCAUGCAUUGCCUGUCCAAGGGCGGUGUUGUUCUUAUUAGCGAUGAAGUUGCCGAGAAAUUGCUACCAAAAUUCUCACGUCUAUCGAAUGAAUAUCAACAGGAAAUCAUACCCAUUUCGAAUGGCACAGCCGAACAGUUGGCCGAUCUGGUCCAGCUGGUGGCCAACAAAAAGAUUGAACCACCACCACAUUCGGUAUUCCCCUGCGAACAGGCUGCCGAAGUUAUACAGAAAUUGUGCAAUUCCGAAAUACCUGGACGGGCCAUUCUACGUUUCCAUGAUAUCGAGUAGAGGGCGGACGGAUGAAUUAGAGUUGAGUGUGGAGUCCAUCAUCAUAAAUGAACUCAUUCACUAUGGUUAUAUCUCUGUUAGUUUUACACAAACCCAAAAAAAACAAAACAAAAAAUGGACACAAACUCUCUCUUCGCGCAUUAGUUUGUAUGCCCCAGUAAUUAAUCCCAAAUCCAGUCAGUCUACUCAUUUGUUAGGCACUUUUAAUUAGUAUUAUGUAUAUAUAUAUAGAUUGUGAUUGACUUUUUAUUUUGUAAGCAAACCUUAUAUUUUGGCAAAUACCCACAAAAUGCCCCAAAUGAUAACAAAAAAAAAGAAAUGAGAUUAGAUGCAAAAAUUAUUUUAUGAUUUGUUUUCUUUGUUUCAUUUUUUUUUCAAAUUAUUUAUAAUAAUUUCUGAUCAGCCGAAACAGAAAAUGAAAGUAAAGAAUAAAUGUUAUGCAUAUA